UGUGGGAAGUGAGAGUGUUUCGUACAUCUCUCCAGUAGAUGGCAGUGUGAACCUUCGGAGAUGAGAGUCGUUAAGAGUUACAGGAAGCAGUUUUAAAUGUAAAGAUGGCGGAAGAAGAGAGUUCGUUUGAUGAUUUCGAACAAGUUGACUUUUUGAGGGAUAGACACAUACGAUUUUUUCAAAGAUGCCUUCAAGUUUUACCGGAGAGAUAUUCGUCUUUGGAAACAAGCAGGUUGACAAUAGUCUUCUUUGCACUGUCUGGGCUAGAUGUCCUAGACGCCAUGGAUGUGAUUGACAAGCCGAGCUUGAUCGAGUGGAUCUAUUCUCUACAAGUUCUUCCCACUGAGGACCAAUCCAAUCUUCCACGCUGUGGCUUUCGCGGAUCCUCACACAUAGGAGUUCCAUAUCAGACAAAGGGCCCUGGAUCACCCCACCCGUAUGAUAGUGCACAUGUGGCCAUGACAUACACAGGCUUGGCCAGCCUGGUUAUCCUAGGGGACGACCUGAGUCGAGUCAACAAGCAGGCCUGCAUGACAGGGUUGAGGGCCCUGCAGCUGAAGGACGGGAGUUUCUAUGCUGUCCCAGAGGGAAGUGAAAACGACAUGCGGUUCAUCUACUGCGCAGCCUGCAUUUGCCACAUGCUCAACGACUGGUCGGGGAUGGACAUCAAAAAAGCCAUAGCCUACAUCAAAAAAAGCAUGUCCUAUGACAACGGCAUUGGGCAGGGAGCUGGACUGGAGUCUCAUGGCGGCUCCACGUUCUGUGCGGUGGCGGCGCUGUGUCUGAUGGGGAAGCUGGAGGAGAUGUUCAGCCAGCGUGAGCUGGACCGGAUACGCCGCUGGUGCAUCAUGAGGCAGCAGAAUGGCUUCCACGGUCGCCCCAACAAACCCGUCGACACGUGCUACUCUUUCUGGGUGGGCGCCACGCUGGAGCUUCUAGACGUAUUCAAGUACACCAACUUUGAAAAGAACCGGAACUACAUCCUGUCCACCCAGGACCGAUUGGUGGGGGGGUUCGCUAAAUGGCCAGACAGCCACCCAGACCCCCUGCACGCCUAUUUUGGGAUCUGUGGCCUGUCCCUGAUUGGCGAGGAAAAUCUGCGCCGAGUGCACCCCGCCCUCAACAUCAGCCAGAGGGCCUUCGAGCACCUGCAGCAGCUGCACCGGGCGUGGACAGAGACCUGCACAUGACAACAUGACACCAGCCGACCCUUCUCGCUCUCACACUCAGACACACACACACACACACGCACACGCACACACGCACACGCAGGCAGGCACAUACAUACAUAAACUCUUAAAAACCAUCACAGCCUCUGACGCCAUGUGCAUUCCUCUCAGUCCUCACCCUGACCUGAGUUAACUUAGCAAUUGUAUCGGAGCUGUUGCCUGGCGGCGGGACAGUGAGGGAAGGUGAUGGGAGAGGAGAGGGGGGUGAUGAAUAAAUGAUUAGGGUCCAGCGUAAUGAAUUAUUAAGUGGGAUCUGUCAGAGUGGAAGCUUGGCCCUGGAACAGUCCUAACAAGAAUAAGGUUGGGCCUCUGCCUCACGUUUUGUUUGUUUGUUUGGAUGUAUCGUUAAGCCGAUGAUGUAGUUUUGCUUCCUUUGUCACCUAAUUUUCCCGAGAGGUCCGCAGAUACUGCAUUUCUUUAUUUGUUACUUUGAAGUCAUUCUCUGAGUUGCUCAUUGCCUUGAACUUAGCGUGUCGCUUUCAUUUUUUUCCUGUUCCAAGUGCUAUCAUUCAGAGACGCUGGAGGAAACUCACACCCUGCCUCAGUCAAAGGGGUUGUGACCUUUUUGACUGACAGGUGCAGCUUACAGCAGCCCUCUGAAGGUCAUCUCUUUACACUAGUGAUUGUUGUGCUCCUUUAAAGAGAAAACAAAACACAAGACUAGAAGCUGAUGCUCUAAACGGUUUUUAAUUCACUCGUUUUCUGUUUAAGCACCUUAACUUAAACCAUAAGGUGUAUACGUGGUCAGCCAGUGACUCAUAACUGGCAAGGAACUAUGAAUUCCAGUUUCUUAGGGCUUUCUAGACACUCUUGUCAGAGGCUAAUGCUGCAAUGCAGCUCUAGUUCCGCCUGUUAAAGAUACAGCACCCACAAGCCUGUUCCUCUCUGCUGAAAUGUGCCAUGGACAGCAUUAACUGGGCAGUGGCCUGUGUUGCUGCAAAUUGGCAUCUCUUUGGGAAAAAAAACAAAGACUUGUGAAUGUUUGCUCUGAUGAGGAAAAAAGAAUACAUAUAGUGAAAUGGAAUUUAUUUUUUCUAUACUUUGUAGAAAUAUUAAUUGUUGAUAUUAAUCGUUAAGUUUCAUUUUGAAGUGCUCUGUGCUUAUGGCAAUCUUGACAGUUUGGUAUGCAGAGGAAUGGAGGGAUGAUGUUUUCUAAAAUGAACAAAAUAACACUUUCUGUUUCAUGUUAGAACAAAUUCAUUUAUGGCAUUGCUGAUGAGGCAGAACAUAUUUAAUGGAAAUAAAUACGGUUCUUAA